AUGUCCGGUUUCGCGUAUCCGAUCUUGGCCGAGAGUGUCUGGGGCGAUUCCCAAGCCCAGCUGAGCCACGCGAUACGGGGCGGCCGAUAUUUACAAGAGGUGGCCGACGUCUACUCCACCAUAAGUCGUGGUGACAGUGUCCUCGGCAGCAACUUCCGCGACAGUGCUGCAGGCCAUAGCUACUAUGACUAUGCGGGAGGAGGAGUGGUCCACUUGGCGGGCGGUGUCGCCGCCCUGGUUGGUAAUCUCAUGGUUGGGCGACGCAUCCUGCGCCCACCAGUCAAGGACUUCUUGCCAAAGACCACGGAGUCAGCAGAGAGUAGCAACUCAGGCGACUGGGACUGCAGACUUCUCUGUCGCCCCGAGGAGAAGAACCGAGUGGGGGACAGGGAGCUUCUGACAGAGACGUGGCACAGGAGGUUUGACAACCCCGAGGAUGAUGAGAAGGAGUUCCGCGCGAACAGCUACCUCCAGAUAAUGGGCAUCUUCAACUUGUGGGUUGGUUGCUACGGAUUCAAUGCGUGCCCAGCCUUCCUCCGCAACGACCGCUCCAGCUUCGCGGAUGCAUCCUUGGCCACCUGGAACACGACGCUCGCGGCGAGCGCAGGGGCAUUGGGCGCCUUCCUCCAUCAGCAUUUGUUUCAGGAGCGCAUGGACAUCGGCUUCCUCUGCAAUGGGGUCUUAUCUGGCCUGGUUGCCAGCACUGCAUGCUGUGACGUGCUCUUCACCAUUCUGGCUACGGGAAUCGGCUUCCUCGCCGGAUUUGUCGUGUACCCUGCAGGCAGCUAUCUGUUACGCAGACUGCGGGUCGACGAUCCAGCCGACGCCAUAGCUGUGCAUGGAGGAGGCGGUCUCUUCAGCGUCACCGUCGCCGCCUUCAGUCACCCCGACUGCACCACACAUGCAGCGCACGCCCUGUGCCAUUCGGGACGUCACUGGGGCUGGCAACUUUUAGCUCAACUUCGUGGUGCUGCCGUCAUCAUCGCCUGGACCACCGCCGUGGUGACGCCGGUGUGGGCGCUCUUUCUGCUGUCUGAGACGAUUCGGUCGCUGGAGCUGGAGGAGUUGGUGGCCUUUUACGAGCGCCUUUGUGACAGCGAGCUUGGCGUGGUCUCCAAGCAGGAACCGGCCUUGCAAUCGGCCGCGCAGAGAUCUUGGAUCGUGCGGCGACUGCUCCGCCACAGCAGUGUGGACCUCCACGACUUGCGCGAGGAUGUGCUUGAUGCGAUCCACGACACCAAGACGGCUUUGGAGAUGGAGAGUCGAGUUGUGCGGCUCUUUCUGGGUAUCGCCAAAGUGCUGCGGCGGUGUCGCUUGAUUCGCGACGUCUGUCGCUUGCGACUGCGCAUCCCUCCCUUUGCCGAGCUCGUUGGCCUGGGAGCUCUGUCGAAGGAGGGCAGCACAGUCGCGGACGCCAGCCGAGGUGUCCUCUCCUCAUCUGCGGAAAGAAGCAACGAAGAAGCGGCCAUCCCACUUCGGCUCCAACUGGAGCGCCUGAACAGACAGGUGCAGAAUCAAGGUAUCCUACUCCAACGCUUGUCGCGAGGGCGACGCCACUCAGGAUGGCGCCGGAGCAAUCUUUACAGCGUUGCCGAAGUAUCGGAGCCCACUGCGCAGGAAGAAGCCAACGUCCAG